UUCAUUUAAGUCACACAUUUUUUUUUUCUUAUCGUAAUUACGUUUGUACAUAGUUACGUUAAUCGCAGUUUCGAGCGGGAAGCGAAAUGCAUAUGCAUGCAUUCCGCGUCCGGCCUCGGCAGUGAAAUUUUUACGUCAGGUAUAGUUUGUGAUUCGCGUCCAUAGAUCUACCGAUCGGGUGCGCGAGUGUGAGUGCAAAUGAUAUAGAGCCCGGUGUAGCUGGAACAGAACAAAAUGUGGACCAAGAGAUUAAAGUUAUGGAGGUUUAUGUUGUGCAUGUUGUUUGCCGUGUCUCUGUUCGCGGUAGCUGCGAGAGCCGACGACGACAUUCCUUCAGAAUCACAAUGCCGUCCAUACAUUGAAAAAGCACUUAAAGAACUCGAAUCGGGGGAUACAGAACCAGAUUCUAAAGAAAAACUCGAAUCUAGUGAAGUAAGUAUAGACGACGAAACAAAAGAAACAUCAGCAGAAAUAGGCGAGGCAGCGGAAGAUUCAGACGACAGUAAAGAAAAUGCUGAGAGUGAAGAAGCAGGAGAUGUUCCUUCAGUAGAAGUAGCAGAUGAACCUUAUGUUUCUCAAUCUUCUUACGACGACUCUGAUAGUCCUGUAAGUGAAGAUUCUGUUGAGAAUGAAGCUGAAAACGAAAGUGCUGAAAACGUCGAGCAACAAGCAGAUGAGAGUAAAGAGGAUGGCGGAGACAGCAAAGAAGAAGCAUCUGCUGAUGACAAAGAAAUCGAAAAAGAAAGUGGCGAAGUAAUCGAUGACGAAGAAAGUAAAGAAGAUUCUAAAGACAGUAAAGAAGACUCUGAAGACACCAAAGAAGAAAAGGAAGAGAGCGAGGAAAGAGAUGACAAAGAAGAAUCAGAUGAAGUUGGUGUUGAAAGCGCUGAUGAUAACCAAGACUCGGCUGAGCAGGCAGAAGACCAGAGUACAGAACAAGCUGAGUCAGAUGAAAAGGUAGAGGAAUCUUCUGAUGCUUCUGAAGAACGUGAUGCUGAAGGGGAAAGUGAUGAAGACAAAAAAACAGAUGAAGACGACGAUGGAUCUCAAGAAAAGAAAGAGUCUGAAGAAAUAGAGGGAGGAAAGAUAGAUGACUCCCAAGAAGAAUCUAAAGAAGAUACUGAAGAGGACGGUAAAUCCGAUGAAGAAAAAGAGAAAGCAGUGGAAGAAGAUGAAUCGGCAGAAGCAGAAAAAUCUGCAGAAGAAGUUCAAUCUGCGGAAGAAGAAGACUCUGUAGAAAAAACUGAAUCUUCCGAAGACGUUGCUGAGGAAGAGAAGCUAUCUGUAGAAGAUCUUGCUGGCGAAUCCGACGCCGAAAAAGAUAGUGGUGAACAAUCCGAGGUUACUGGAGAUGGAGAAAGCGAAGAAGAAGGUGUACCGGAAGAGGACUUGCUCUUAGAAGGGGAAAUUCCAGAGAACUUGCGCUCCCGUGACCAUAUCAUUCAAAUCCUAAGAUUGGACGAGGAAGCCAGCGAGUCGGAGAUGAUUAUUGAGAAAUCGGCCGACAUUGUUCUCAGAGAUCUGAAACGGCUUUACGAGAACUCGAUCAAGCCACUUGAAGCGUUGUACAAAUACAGAGAUUUGAGUAACAGACAUUUCGGUGAUCCAGAGAUAUUCUCAAAGCCAUUGGUCCUGUUCAUGGGACCGUGGAGCGGCGGAAAGUCCUCCAUAUUGAAUUAUCUGACAGGAAUAGAGUUCACCGAAUGGUCUCUACGUACAGGCGCCGAGCCAUCACCAGCGUACUUCAAUAUCUUAAUGCACGGACAAAAUCCAGAAGUGCUGGAUGGAACUCAACUAGCAGCGGACUGGACGUUCUCCGGCCUGCAGAAGUUUGGACAGGGCUUGGAGGAGCGUCUCAGAGGUCUUAGGUAUCCCAGUAAACUACUGGAAAAGGUAAACGUUGUGGAAAUACCUGGUAUCCUAGAAGUAAGGAAGCAGGUGUCGCGAGUGUUUCCCUUCAACGACGCCUGUCAAUGGUUCAUUGACCGCGCCGACAUCAUAUUUCUCGUCUACGAUCCUUCUAAGCUGGACGUCGGACCGGAAACAGAAGCUAUCCUGGACCAGCUCAAAGGCAGAGAAUCACAGACGCGUAUCGUCCUAAACAAAGCGGACACCGUGAAGCCGGAGGAGCUGAUGCGUGUACAGAGCGCGUUGAUCUGGAACAUCUCGCCGUUGAUGAGCUCGGCGCAGCCUCCCGUCAUGUACACGGUGUCGCUGUGGUCCAUGCCGCUGGAGGCCGGAGCGCCCGCGAGGCUGCUGCUGGCGCAGGAGAGGGAGCUGCUCAGGGACCUGAGACAGGCCAUAGACAAGCGGAUAGAAAACAAGAUAGCGAGCGCCAGGAGAUUCGCCGUGCGCGUGAGGAACCACGCUAAGAUGGUCGACUGCUAUUUGACCACGUACUACAACCACAAGACCAUAUUUGGAAAUAAGAAGGUCAUCGCCGACGCGAUCAUCGACAGCCCACAGAACUACCACAUCUACGAGGGACUCAGUACACUUACCAAUAUAUCAAGGUACGACCUCCCCGACCCGGAAACCUACCGGGACUUCUUCCGUCUGAAUCCCUUGUACGAGUUCCAGCAGCUGUCGUCCACGUGCACGUAUUUCCGCGGCUGUCCCAUCAAUCGUCUGGACGUAGCGAUCGCCUACGACCUGCCCGAGCUGGUCGGCAAAUACAAGAAGAUGGUAGAAACUGCCACCCCCCAGGGAAUGCCCAAAAGUUGAAUCGCUCCCCCCCAAAUUAACAUAACACCCGCUUCUUAUUCUAGCGUAUUUGUUUAGACGAUUAUUUUGGGCACAUUAUGCAUUUGUUUAUCUAAUUGGGCGUCUUAACAUAUUAAUGAUAAAAAAAAAUACGCAUUUUCUAUUCAUUCGUAUUGGUAUUUAUUUGCUUAUCGCUUGUUCCUUUCCUGUCAUGAAUGUGUCGGAUGUUAUGUUUAAGACAAAUCCUUUCGUGUUUUUAGAGUAAUUAGAAAAUGCAAGACUACCUUAUUAACAAUUUUUUUUUUUUUUACGAAUACCAAAAUCAUAUUAAUCUAGUCAUUACGUUAAAGUUUGUUAGAGAAAUAUGUUGUUGUAUUAUUUAUUACGUUUUAUUUAUUUAUUUAUUUGUUGAGGUUCCUGGAGCACUAGGACUAAGUAAUAAAAUUGCUGUCUCAAACUUAAUUGAAAACUUGUAAUUUGUUUAGAAUGAGACACCAUGUGAAUACUUUAAAUAUAAAAAUAAAAUAUA